AGGGAAAAAACACAUGAGCAAACUUGUCGGCGGCGCCAAGCGGGAGCUGCAGUUGUAAUUGGACGAGAAAGAAGAUGGCGGCGGCGUUGCGAGUCCUGGUGCUCUCGGGCAGCGGGAGAGCCCUCCUGUGCACCCCGAAAACCGUCACGACGCCAAAGGCCAACAUGUCCUUCGCCAGCCUGCCUCGCGGCCAGAAGGUGGCCCUGACCGCUCUGGGCGUGGCGGGCGCGGGCGCGGCCGGCCUGGCCCUGGCGCUGCACCGGUCCGUCAAAGCCUCCGACCUGGAGCUCCACCCGCCCACCUACCCCUGGAGCCACGCCGGGCCGCUGUCGUCCCUGGACCACGCCAGUAUUCGUCGCGGCUACCAGGUGUACAUGCAGGUGUGCUCGGCCUGUCACAGCAUGGAGUACCUGGCCUUCCGGAACCUGGUGGGAGUGUCGCACACCGAGGAAGAAGUCAAGGUCAUCGCAGAGGAGGUGGAGGUGGUGGACGGUCCCGACGAGACGGGUGAGAUGUUCACCCGGCCCGGCAAGCUGUCCGACUACUUCCCCAAGCCCUACGCCAACCCGGAGGCGGCCCGCGCGGCCAACAACGGCGCCCUGCCGCCCGACCUCAGCUACAUUGUCAAUGCCAGGCACGGAGGCGAGGACUACGUGUUCAGCCUGCUGACGGGCUACUGCGAGCCCCCCGCCGGCGUGGAGGUGAGGGAGGGGCUCUACUACAACCCCUACUUCCCCGGACAGGCCAUCGGCAUGGCGCCGCCCAUCUACAACGAGAUUCUGGAGUACGACGACGGAACCCCCGCCACAAUGAGCCAGGUGGCCAAGGACGUGUGCACCUUCUUGAGGUGGGCGGCGGAGCCCGAGCACGACCAGCGCAAGCGCAUGGGACUCAAGUUGCUGAUGGGCUCGGCCAUCCUGGUGCCGCUCCUUUAUUACAUGAAACGACACAGGUGGGCUGUGCUCAAGAGCAGGAAGAUUGCCUACAGGCCGCCCAAAUAAGGACGUGCGAGGAGCCGGAUGACACACACAGACAUCUUUCUAUCAUGUUUAUUACACAAACAAAAGAUAGCCGAUCAAUCUCGCUACUUGCUUUGUGUCAACAUCUGAUGGACAUUUUUUUUUUCAUGUGUUAAAUACUCGACCAUGUGAGGAACACGCCUCUGUUUUACUGUACAAAAUAAAUUAUAUCAAAAACA